AUGUCAGAGCCACAGUCUUCGCUUUUAUUAAAAAAGCAGCUAGCAGAACUGAACAAAAAUCCAGUAGAAGGUUUUUCUGCUGGAUUGAUAGAUGACAAUGAUAUUUAUAGAUGGGAAGUACUCAUUAUUGGACCUCCAGAUACAUUAUAUGAGGGUGGAUUCUUCAAAGCUCAUUUGCAUUUUCCUAAAGAAUAUCCUCUAAGGCCACCACGAAUGAAAUUUGUUACUGAAAUAUGGCAUCCAAAUAUUGAAAAGAAUGGUGAUGUAUGCAUAUCAAUACUGCAUGAGCCUGGAGAUGACAAAUGGGGUUAUGAAAAAGCAUCUGAGAGGUGGCUACCAGUGCACACUGUAGAGACCAUCCUUAUAAGUGUCAUCUCUAUGCUUGCUGAUCCAAAUGAUGAAAGUCCUGCUAAUGUUGAUGCUGCGAAGGAAUGGAGAGAAUCAUAUUCGGAGUUUAAAAGGAAAGUAGCACAGUGUGUGAGAAAGAGCCAAGAGGAUUGUUCCUAA